CGGCCAUCUUAGGUCAGUGCUGCCAUAGUGCUGUUUUUUGUUUACAGAACUUCUGAUUACGCUUGUGGAAAAUGCCUGAUUUUUGUGCUGCCUACGGCUGCACCAACGAACGGAGCCUCCAAACCAGAACGCGUGGGAUCACCUUUCACAAGUUUCCCAAAUGUAGCGAGCGCCGGAGACAGUGGGAGCGUGCCCUGAGAAGGGAAGGUUUUGUGGCUAAUGACAGAACACUGCUCUGCAGUGAACACUUCAGAAAUGAAGAUUUCGACAGGACAGGGCAGACUGUCAGAUUGAAAGCUGGAGCUGUUCCAUCUGUCUUCAACUUCCCUGCUCAUCUUCAGAGGCCGGUAGCACCAACAAGCACAAACGCUUCAAGAAAAGCAGGAGAAAGCCAGCCCAUGUACCCCGAGCAGGAUCAACCUCCACCUGAUGUUCCACAGCCAUCCACUAGAGAGAGGCAAAGGAGUCGGAAGAGGAAGGCCCCUGACCACCAAUAUGCAAUGCCUUCCUCUCCAAAGGCUCUUAAGGCCAAACUUGAUGCAGCCAUGGCCACAGUGCAUAAAAUGUGGCGGGAAAAGAGCAAUGCCUUGGCAAGGGUAAGGAGGGCCAAGAAGAACAUGAAGGCUCUUCUGGAGGAGCUGAAAGCUAAGAACCUCAUCAAGGAAGAGCUGAAUGACUAAGCAGCAAAGGCAAUGUGACAGCACAGGAUGACACAGAGUCCCUACCAGCUGAUCAGUCUGCUGUUCAGUCCUACCGCAUAGACACAUCUACCAACCUGUCGGCUGUAGAAAUGUCCUCUGCAGAAGGAGAAGAUCUCCCUUCCCCGUUUGCAGACAUUCCUGCCCUUGUACAAGACCACAGCUAUCUUCCCAAGAAGUUUGAUGGUCUUGUGGAAAAUGUGCUUGUGUACAUUUCAGGAUUUGUGGUGCGACGCACACUAAAAAAGCUUUCCUGUGAUGUCUGCCGGGCAAGCCUGUUGAUGGAUGCUGAAUCUGCCAGUAAGGACCAGAGCUACCAUCUGCUGACGCUGAAAAACAAUGGAGGUCUUGUCAUCCCAUCAGCAGGCACCGUGAAGGUCGUCAGGGCAGCAGAGUGGGUUGUUCGGCAGGCAGUAGCAGAUUCCAGGAGAUCGCAACCCCUUAAAACUGUUGGAGGUCCUCUACAUGGUGAGGAAGAGGAUAGGUGGAGAGGAUGUGUUUUUGCUCGGGGAGCACAUCACUGACACGCGAUAUGGCAUUGACAGUCACCACCAUACACUCUUGACUCUGGUUGUGUCCCUCUUCUUCAAGCUAAGGCUGCACCACAUUGCGAAAAUGUCAACGCUUAGCUUGCAGAAAGACAGUGUGAGACAGAAGCUCACAAAAACUGUCCUUUUCAAACUAUUUGUGCACUUAAAGGAUGGGUUUUUAACUGGUGGUCUGUUUAGUUUGCUACUCUUCCUUGAUGUUUGCAUGUGAAUGAGUGGUGUAUGAGUGUGUGCGUGAAUGGGUGAAUGUGGGGCUUUGUAAAGCGCUUUGGGCACCAAGACGGUGUAGAAAAGCGCUAUGUAAGUUCAGACCAUUUAAGAGAGAGGAGGAGAGGGAGGGAGCUGUAUUGAUUAUAUUGUAUUGAUGGAAAGAGUUCUGUGUCCAAUUGUGGGUGUUUUCACACCUAGUUCGUUUGAGCCCUCCAAACGCUCUCAGAGCAGUUCAGGGUGUAUAUGUGAACAAACCACGUGAUCUCAGACCCCCCUAAAAGGACCCAAAAGCGAACCGAACUCAGACCACUUCUGGAGGUGGUCUGAGUACGGUUCGCUUUUGGGUUCUUUUGUGGUUCGAUUUCUUUUUGAUAUGUGAAAUCAAUGAGGUCCCGGUCCUUUUCGCGUGUGGUUUUGACAUUCAAUCAAAAUAAACUGCUGCACAGAAAGCUGGGGUCUGAGUUCUUAUGAAGUUGUGAUGUGAACAAGAAAGGGUCUGAGAUCACUUCAGUUCUGAAGAGGACCAAAAAAAGAACUGGGUCCUCUUUUGAGUCCACUAUAUUGUGAACACCAAAAGGACUGAGGUCACAUUCGGCUAGUCCCUUUUCUGGUUCACUUUAAGUGAACUGGGUUUGGUUCUUUUAAAAUGAACUAUAUGUGAAAACACCCUUAAUGUUUUUUUGUUUUUUUGUGUAUAUUUUGUAUAUUUUUUUUGUAAGUUUUUUCUAAUUGUGUGCCUUUGGACCUAAGUAACAAAAAACAAAGACCCAUCUCUUUUCUCUUUAUUUUACAGAAUAGCAUCUUGAGACA